UUCUUUUUUGGGGGGUAAUUUUAGUUUUCUACUCAACAUUUGUAUUUUAUUAUGUUCACAAUUCAUAUAACCUCUUCAUGAACCAAUAAAUUUAUUUACUUAACUUUAGUGUUUUUAUUUUUCUUUUUUCAAAUAAAAACUCACCACUUGAUCAUCACAUGCACUAACCUUCUCCCAUGCUAAAAAAAAAUGCACCUCCAAUUCCUCCUCUCUCUCAUCCUCUCUACUUCACUCACCACCACCGCCGCCAAUGAAACCGCCGUCCUCUCUCUCUUCCGCUCCCAAACCGACCUCCACGGCACACUCCUCUCGAACUGGACCACCUCCAACGCAUGCUCCGCCAACUGGCACGGCAUAAACUGCACCAACAACCGCGUCACCGCAAUCACCCUCCCUUCCCUCAACCUCCGCGGCCCCAUCGCCGCCCUCUCCUCGCUCGACCACCUCCACCUCCUCGACCUCCGCAGCAACCGCCUCAACGGCACCCUCUCCCCACUAACCCAAUCCCCAAACCUCAAACACGUGUACCUCUCCGGAAACGACUUCUCCGGGGAAAUCCCACCGGAACUCUCCACCCUCCACCGCCUCCUCCGCCUCGACCUCUCGAACAACAACCUCCGCGGCCCCAUCCCCGCCACCCUCUCCAACCUCUCCCGCCUCCUCACUCUCCACCUCCAAAACAACGAUCUCUCCGGAACCAUACCGACGAUUUUCCUCGAUUCUUUCCCACGCCUCAAAGAAUUGAACUUAUCCAACAACGAACUAUACGGAACCCUACCGGAGAAUCUAAUAUCCCGAUACGGAUAUAGUAGCUUCUCCGGCAACGAGGGCCUCUGCGGGACCCGCCCUUUCCCAAAGUGUUCGUACACGCAAGGACAAAUCGUACCAUCCAAUCCAAGCUCCCUCCCUUCUUCUUCAUCAUCAAUAACCACAACUCAAUUCUCGUCAAACGAGCACCACAAAAGAUUGAGCAACGGCGCAAUAGUAGCUAUAGUCGUAGCGAACUCGGUCCUACUAUUGGUGAUCGCAUCGUUCGCCGUGGCAUACUACUGCGGGAGGCGAUCGGGAUCGAAUUCGAUCUCCGACAGCGACUCCAGCAAGAGGAGGAGGAGCAGCAGCUACUCCGGCGAGAAGAAAGUCUACGCCAACAACAACGGCGGCGGAGGCGGAGAUAGCGACGGCACUAAUGCAACCGACAAGAGCAAGCUCGUGUUCUUCGACCGGAAGAAGCAGUUCGAGCUGGAGGAUUUGCUCCGGGCAUCGGCGGAGAUGCUCGGAAAGGGUAGCUUGGGGACCGUGUACAGAGCCGUACUCGACGACGGAUAUACGGUGGCGGUGAAACGGCUGAAAGACGCAAACCCUUGUGCAAGAAAAGAGUUUGAGCAGUACAUGGAUGUAAUUGGGAAGCUAAGGCAUCAAAAUGUAGUGAGAUUCAGAGCUUAUUACUAUGCCAGAGAAGAGAAGUUGCUUGUUUAUGAUUACAUGUCUAAUGGCAGCCUGCAUUCCCUUCUUCAUGGGAACAGAGGAGGAGGGAGAAUACCGUUGGAUUGGACGACGAGAAUAGGGUUGAUUCUUGGGGCGGCGCGUGGGCUGGAGAGGAUCCAUCAGGAAUAUUCGAUUUCAAGAAUCCCGCACGGAAACGUGAAAUCGUCGAAUAUUCUGCUGGAUAAAAAUGGGGUUGCUUGCGUUUCGGAUUUCGGGCUUUCGUUGCUUCUGAGCCCGACUCACGCCAUAGCUAGGUUGGGAGGGUACAGAGCUCCGGAGCAGGCUGAGACGAAGACGCUGUCGCAGAAGGCUGACGUGUACAGCUUCGGGGUUUUGUUGCUCGAGGUGCUGACGGGGAGGGCGCCGGAGGAGGCGGCGGCGGCGGUGGAUCUGCCGAGAUGGGUGAGGUCGGUGGUGAGGGAUGAGUGGACGGCGGAGGUGUUCGACGAGGAGUUGCUGAGGUACAAGAACAUAGAGGAGGAGCUGGUGGCGACGCUGCAGGUGGCGAUGGCGUGUGUGGUGGAGAUGCCGGAGAAGAGGCCGGAGAUGGGGGAGGUGGUGAAGAUGAUUGAGGAGAUAAGGGUGGAGCAGUCUCCGUUGGGUGAGGAUUACGACGAUUCCCGCGAUUCGAUGUCGCCGUCGCUUGCCACCACCGAAGAUGCUGCUUUCUGAGUUUCUUCUGUUCGCCGGAAUUUGCAAUUUCUUGCUGCUGAGUUAAUUUGUUUCAAGGAGAGAUGUAAUUUUUUUUCUAUUUUUUUUUUUUUUUUGAGUUUAAUAAGUGGUGAGUUUAGUAGUGUAGAUUUGUGGGAUCUAUUUUUAGUUUGAUCAUAUGUAUAAUCGAUGAUAUUAUUGUACUCUUGGAUAAAAAAAAUGAUCUAUUGUUUCUUGCCUUGUUAAA